CGUUUACCUGUAGUGCUCUUCGGCAGACCUGUUGGAGGCUUCCUUAAUGUAUGUUUCAUGCCUAAUGUUUGUUUUAUGCCUCAAAAAUGCGAGAUCUCAAAGCAUUCGGAAUGGAGUAUCACCUCAAUCGAGCUCUAUAGGGGUGGAUGGCGCAAUUCGAAAUUGAACAAACCGGGAAUAUUGGCUGAACGCAUGAAGUUUACGGAAUAUUAUAUCGAACAGCCAAUUGAUCAUGCAAAUCCAAGUCUUGGUACAUGGAAACAGGCAUGGUUCAUUUUUUUCCCGCUGAAUCAAAAUUCGUUCUGUCCAUAUGCUGAUCAUAAAUAUUUGGCUAUUGGAUGA